GCGUUGCUUCAUCACAAAAAAAAAGGUGCAUCUUUCCAUCUUUAUUUUCUGCGCACUCAUCUCUCCGGACGAUUUCAACGCUGAUCGCUUACAUUUAGAAUUCCCCAUUUAUCUCUAAUUGUAUGCAAGGUACAAUGCAGAUCGACAUUAUGGCUUCGUACUCUCACUGCCCAAUCUCCAAUUCACCGUUCCCUAAUCUGAUAGUCUGCUACGUGAUAUUAUUUCCUUGGCUUUAUGGAACAAUUCUGCUUAGGUUUAAUUUUCUACCACAUCAAGUCAAUUUUGCAAGCACAAAUCCUUGGGUGCCAAGUAGCAGAGAUGGAAGGUGGUAGAUAUUCGGUUGAUUUGGGUAACCUCCAACGCAAUCGAAGGAACAAGAUUGGGAGGAAGAAAUCCCGCAAAGGUAAAGAACUUGCCGGUUCUUCAUCUCAAAGCCGAGAUGAUUUUGAAACGGGUUACCAAAGACGAGAUGGAGAUGCGAUGUCCGAAGAACAACUCCAACAAGAAUUGGCCCGACAUAAUAACCGCUUUCUACAACAACAACAAAUGCCGACGACCAUUGACGAAGAGGAGCUUGAGGAUGAAGAUGCGGAGGAAUUGGAACCGGAGACGGCCGAGGAGGGUGCCGGCAGCCACGACGCCGACGAGCCUGCCUCAUCCCAAACCGCCACCGGGAAUAAAAAAAGUAAGUCUGAACUAAUGAAAAAUAAUUUUGAUAAAUGGAAGGACCCACAAACCGGCUAUUGGCACGCAACUUGCAAGUGGUGCAACAACAAUUAUAGUUUGGGAACCUCCGGCGGAUACGGAUCCGCCGCAAGGCAUCUUAUUAAGGCAAAGCACCCUGUGGAGUAUGCAAAAUUAGGCGGGGGAACGGGGAAGCAAACUCAAAUAUCGAGGUUUGCGAAUUCUCAAACUUUUGGUAAUUUCUCCUACAAUGAUGCACAAAAUUUGACUGGUAUGGCUAACUUAAUUUGUGAAGAAAAUUUGCCUUAUUUGUUUUCUGAAAGUCUUGCUUUAAGAGAUUAUGCACAAGGUUGUUUAAAUCCUCAAUUUAGAAAUUAUAGUCGCAAAACUGUUAAGAAAGAAAUAAUAAGGCUUUAUAAUGCGGAAAAGGAAAGGUUACAAAUUUUUUUUGCAAACUUUGAUGGGCGUGUUACUAUUUGUUCUGACAUAUGGGAGGAUGAUUUUCAUCAUUUAUAUUAUUUGGGUCUGACUGCACAUUAUAUUGAUGAGGAUUGGAAUAUGCAUAAACGUGUUCUUGCUUUUCGUGAAUUUAAUGAUCGUCACACCGCUGAACAUAUUUAUAUUUUGAUUGAGCGUAUUUUAAUUGAGUAUAAUUUGAUUGAUAAGGUGUUUGCUAUUGGUUUCGAUAAUGCUACUAAUAAUACUGCUGCUAUACCUAGAUUGCGUGAGUUGUGUGGUGCCAAUACUUUGAUGGGUAGAUUUUUUCAUCAACGGUGUGCAUGCCAUGUUAUAAAUUUAUGUGUGCAAGACGGUUUAAAAGCGUUAGGAGAUUCCAUGGAGGUAAUCAAGGGGGGAUUAGACGUAUUUGGGGUAAUGGUCAACUUAGAUUAAAAUGGCAAACUUAUUUGAUUGAAAGAGGUGUGAGAUAUGUUGCUUUUCCUAAAGAUUUGAGUAUUCGUUGGAAUAGUACUUAUAAAUUACUUAAAGUUGUUCUUAGAUAUAAAGAACAUUUUCCUGCUUUUUUAAAAGAACAUCAUAACUAUAUUAUAAACGCGGCUGAGAUCGACACUUGCGAAAAAAUUUGUAAUGUUUUGAUAUAUUUUUUUAAUGCUACUGAAACUUUUAGUCAUGUUUAUAAACCUACCGCAAACCAAUUUAUUCCACAAGCUGUUAAUCUCGCCGAUGCUUUUAAAGCAUUUCAGAAUGCCGUUUUCGUUCAUUAUUUUUGUGAUUAUAUGAAGG